AAUAGAAAACGUUGUUGUUAAAUCUGAGGAAGAUUCAGUACCGGUAAAGAAAGAAGAAUUAACUUACGAUGAAAAGCUUCAAUUUCUGAAAAACAUAAGAAUUUUGUAAGAAAAGGCUUAAAAGAUGUUCAAACACAUUUACGUAAAGGUGAAACUGGUAUUGUAGUUUUUGCCGGAGAUGUAACACCAAUUGAGAUUAUGUGUCAUUUACCGGCUGUUUGUGAAGAAAAAAAUAUUCCGUAUUGUUACACACCAAGUAGAGCAGAUUUAGGAGCCGCUUUAGGAGUUAAACGAGGCAGUUUGAUGGUGUUAAUUAAAGAACACGCUGAUUAUUUGGAUAGUUAUAAUGAAGUUAAAGAAGAAGUUUCAACACUGCCUAUCGCUUUAUAGAAAUUAAGUUAUAAUUAUUAACGCACUUUUUUUUUUAAAUAAAAUACUACCUACUAGUAUUUUUUGAUUUCUGCAAACUGUUUAUGUAAAAUCAAAAAAAAUCUUUAUAUAGGCUCAAAAAUUAUCGGGCUUUCUAUUCAAACCACUCAUUUUUUAAUUACUUCCUUAGAAGCAUUAAUUAAACCAACCUUAAUUAACACCCUGAUUUCCUUUUAAAGCGACAAAACGAUUUCAGUAAUUACCCCGUGCCAUGGACACCAAAAAUUGAUUAUAAAAACUCAUUUCAUUUCCUGUAUCAAAUUAUUUUUUAAGAAAAUAUCAACAAUGAAGGGUUUUACGGCGAUUUUAAUCUUAUUUGGUUACGUUACUUAUUGUUUAACAGCAAACAGUGUAAGUUUAAUUAAUUUGCAAAUUUUGUUUUAUUUUAUUUCUUUUAUUGGAAAGUUAACAGAGGAACAAGUUAUACAAGCCGGGAAAUUGAUGAGGAAAUCUUGCAAAUCAAAAACUAAAUCGGAGGAUGCUGAAUUAGAUCAAAUUAAAAGUGGCAAUUUUAAAGGAAUUACUAAAAAAGGAAAGUGUUAUGUGGCUUGCAUUCUGCAAAUGACUCGCUUAGUAAGUCCUGAUGGUCAUUUAGAUUAUAAUAUAGCGAAAUCACGAGUACCAACCUUACCAGAACCAAGAAGGGCACCAACUCUUCAUGCUUUAGAAGUUUGUAAAGAUGAAGGUCUCGAAUUAACUGAUAAAUGUGAAAUAGCUUUUAUCUUAGCACAAUGUUUCUACAACGAUACUCCAGAGUAUUACUUAGUUCCGUAAUAAAGAAAAAUCUACAAUAUUUUCUUAAAAAUCUUUAUUAGAAUAGCAAAUUAUUGCACAAUUAUAUUAUGAUUGUUGAAUAGAUAAAUGUAUAUGAAAAUCCAUUUAAUUACUUCACCCAAAAAGUUGUCUUUUUAUCCUUUCCAAUCAGAUCUUUUGUUAAAAAAAUUAACAUUCGUAUCGAC